AGUUCUAUACUUCAUCAGUUCGGCGCUUUUAGGGUUUUGGCUCUUAGGGUUGCUGCAACGAGCGGAGAGGUAGAGAGGCAACAGCAGCAGCAGUCAUGGUUCUGAAGACUGAACUCUGCCGCUUCAGCGGUGCCAAGAUAUAUCCUGGUAAGGGUAUCAGAUUUGUUCGUUCAGAUUCGCAGGUUUUCCUCUUUGCCAAUUCAAAGUGCAAGAGGUACUUCCACAACCGACUGAAGCCAUCGAAGCUUACCUGGACAGCCAUGUACAGGAAGCAGCAUAAGAAGGACAUUGCUGCUGAGGCUGUAAAGAAGAGGCGUCGGACCACUAAAAAACCUUACUCAAGGUCCAUUGUGGGUGCUACCUUGGAGGUGAUCCAGAAGAGGAGAACUGAAAAGGCUGAGGUCCGAGAUGCUGCGAGGGAGGCUGCCCUGCGGGAAAUCAAGGAGAGGAUCAAGAAGACCAAGGAUGAAAAGAAGGCAAAGAAAGCAGAAAUAAUGUCAAAGACGCAGAAGACUCAAAGCAAGGGUACCUUGCCCAAGGGUGCUGGACCUAAGGGCCCCAAACUUGGAGGUGGUGGUGGAAAGCGUUGAACAUACUGCAGAUGUGGUAGAGAAUUAAGCAGAUCUUUGUUUUUAAGGCUUUGUAGGGAUUGAUAGAUUUUGGUAAAAUGUUUCUGAGUUCUUGUUGUUCCUUAAAUCCUGCAAAUUGAAUCGAGUUGCUAUUAACUUUGUUGUUUAAGUUAUACAUUAAUGGGGAUCAGUCAAGUAGGUCGAAAACAUGGUGUUAUGAGAGAAACAAAAUGCUUUUGUUUGAGUUCUUUGAAAGAAAUAUUCAUUUUUUUUCUGAUA